AUGGCGAUCUGUACUUAUAACACACGUACGCUUGCAUCGGAAGCGGCCAUCGAAGAUCUGAUGAUGCAAGCCAAGAAGAUCAAGUACGACGUCAUCGGACCGACCGAGACGAGACCACGUCACCCUCUCAACGCCGUAUAUGAAACUGGAGAAGAACUGUUCUUAGGAACAUGCGACAGCAGAGGUGUUGGCGGAGUUGGCGUCCCCAUCCAUAAUUUUGUUGAUUCCUGUGAUCUCAGUUUUCAUACCAAAAGAGCAUGGAUCUUGAAGAAAGAGCUAAAUGAACUACCUACGCUCAUCUACUGCAUAAUUGGAAAAAGCAGGAGAAUCGAAGAAUCCCUCCGCUUGAAAGUUGCGGAAUUGGCAAUACCCAAUUUUCUACCAUCAGUGCUCUCUAUCUACCUUCAUAAAACCUCCUCUUGA